CAGGGAGCUGGCUGGGAAGGGUGGCUCCCACCGCUUCAAGAAGCGAUGGAUUUUUAAGGUCGGUAUGGAAGAGUACGAAGCUUGAUAGCAACCAUUUAAAGGGAGCAGUGGCCGUAAGCAAUUGUUGGGCAUCCUCCAUCAUAGUAGCUAGUGGUGAAGCCGCGGCAGACAUCUUUACUAAUGCUCCGCGGGCGUUCUUGACAGCUGUACUGCCGAGUGAAGCCUCCAGGUUGAGGGCGGAAACGAGGACUGCUGGACGCUGGCGACAUCUGUAGUUGUAGACUCACGUGGAAGUGGCGCUCAAAAUGCUGCGCCGCGAGGCCCGCCUUCGCCGGGAGUAUCUGUACCGCAAGGCCCGCGAGGAGGCCCGGCAAAGAGCACAGGAGCGGAAGGAGAAGGUUCGGCGCGCGCUCGAAGAAAACCGCCUGAUUCCUACUGAACUGCGCCAGGAGGCUCUAGACUUACAGGGGUCCCUGGAAUUUGACGACGCUGGUGGUGAAGGUGUGACCAGCCAUGCUGAUGAUGAAUAUCGAUGGGCAGGGGUUGAGGAUCCCAAGAUCAUGAUCACUACUUCCAGAGAUCCUAGUUCCCGCCUGAAGAUGUUUGCAAAGGAACUAAAGCUGGUAUUCCCUGGUGCUCAGCGCAUGAACCGAGGCCGACAUGAGGUAGAAGCACUGGUGAGAGCCUGCAAAGUCAACUGCGUCACUGACCUCUUAGUUGUCCAUGAACAUCGAGGCACACCUGUGGGGCUCAUUGUCAGCCACCUGCCAUUUGGCCCCACUGCUUACUUCACACUGUGUAACGUCGUCAUGCGACAUGACAUCCCGGACCUGGGAACCAUGUCAGAAGCUAAGCCCCACCUCAUCUUCCAUGGCUUUUCCUCUCGUCUGGGCAGACGGGUGUCUGACAUCCUCCGUUACCUCUUCCCUGUGCCCAAAGAUGACAGCCACCGGGUUAUCACCUUUGCAAAUCAAGAUGACUACAUCUCAUUCCGGCACCACGUCUACAAGAAGGCAGACCACUGCAACAUAGAGCUGACAGAGGUUGGGCCUCGCUUUGAGCUGAAGUUAUACAUGAUUCGCCUGGGGACACUGGAUCAAGAGGCUACAGCAGAUGUAGAAUGGCGCUGGCACCCGUAUACAAACACUUCACGGAAGAGACUGUUCCUGAGUGCUGAGUGAGCUUACUGGCUAGUCAGAGUGUGAACUUGGAAAUUAAAGGGGAGAGUUAUCACAAACAGGCUUUCUGAGCCCUGCGGUGGGAUAGUGGGGGCCUACUAGGGUCAAAAUAAACACUGUGUCACACUGCCCGCA